UGACUCAAGCGGAGGAAAGAGGUGAACAAGAUUAGUAGGGAUUCACGGCAUCAACAACGCUGUAGUAUAUAAAGGAAUAUCAAAAUGGGUAACACCGAUUCUAAACUGAACUUCAGGAAAGCAGUAAUACAGCUGACAACCAAAACACAGCCAGUGGAGGCCACAGACGAUGCCUUCUGGGACCAGUUCUGGGCUGACACUGCCACCACUGUGCAGGAUGUUUUUGCCCUGGUGCCAGCCGCAGAGAUCCGAGCUGUUCGGGAGGAGUCCCCCUCCAAUCUGGCAACCCUCUGCUAUAAGGCCGUAGAGAAGCUGGUGCAGGCAGCAGAGUCAGGAUGCCCCUCGGAGAAGGAGAAACAGAUCGUUCUGAACUGUAGUCGUAUGCUGACCCGCAUCCUCCCCUACAUCUUUGAGGACCAAGACUGGAGGGGCUUCUUCUGGUCCACGGUGCCUGGUGCUGGAAGAGCUGUGACAGAUGAGAUGGAUGAUGAUGGAGCUCGUCCACUGGCUGAGUCUCUGCUCCUGGCCAUGGCCGACCUGCUGUUCUGUCCUGACUUCACUGUGAACAGCCACCGGAGAGGACCUGACUCUGUGGAGGACAUGCAGACCAUAGACAGCUGUGAGUAUAUCUGGGAGGCAGGGGUGGGGUUCGCCCAGUCCCCCCCACUCAACUACAUCCACGACCUCAACAGGACGGAGCUGCUGAGGCUGCUGCUAACCUGUUUCUCUGAGGCCAUGUACCUCCCUCCCUCCUCAGACAACACCAUCCUCAACCCCUGGGUCAGCUUCUUCUGCUCCACAGAAAACAGGCAUGCCCUGCCUCUCUUCACCUCCCUGGUAAACGUGGUGUGUGCCUACGACCCGGUGGGCUAUGGCAUCCCUUACAAUCACCUGCUCUUCUCCGACUACCGGGAGCAGCUGGUAGAGCAGGCCGUGCAGAUCCUCAUCGUCACCCUGGAGCACGAUGGAGGAGGGCUGGCCCACCGACCCCCCUCUCCCUCCAGUAUGGAGGACCAGGAUACCAGGGGCCCUGACAACCUGUUUAUAAAUUAUACCUGCUUGUGUCACCCCCCUCUCCAGGACUAUGACUUUGUGUUGAAGGGACUGGCUCGCCUGUUGGUAAACCCUCUGAUGCAGACCUACCUGCCCAACUCCACCAAGAAGAUCCAGUUUCACCAGGAGCUGCUGGUGCUCUUCUGGAAGCUCUGUGACUUCAAUAAGAAGUUCCUAUUCUUUGUUUUGAAGAGCAGUGAUGUUCUGGACAUCUUGGUACCCAUCCUCUUCUACCUUAAUGACGCCCGGGCCGACCAGUCCCGUGUGGGUCUCAUGCACAUCGGUGUCUUCAUCCUGCUACUGCUGAGUGGAGAGAGGAACUUUGGCGUGCGUCUCAACAAGCCCUACUCUGUCCACGUACCUAUGGACAUCCCAGUGUUUACAGGGACCCACGCCGACCUACUCAUAGUAGUGUUCCACAAGAUCAUCACCAGCGGCCACCAGCGUCUCCAGCCUCUUUUUGACUGCCUGCUCACCAUCGUAGUGAAUGGCGAGUAUCUCUGCACUGGCUCCAUCUGCUGGUCAAAUAUGCACAUGGUUCUUUAUUUAUUUAUUCAACCUUCAUUUGACCAGGAAAGUCCCAUUGAGAUACGUAGUCUAUUUUACAAAAGAGACCUGGCCCAGAAGGCAGCAGUAGUCAUUACAGCGUUACAUUACAGCAGUAGUCAUUACAGCGUUACAUUACAGCAGUAGUCAUUACAGCGUUACAGCGUUAC